AUGAACCUUACAGUAGAGGAACCUUCGAAGGUAAUAAAAAUGAGGGUGAAUGGAGGUAAACACCAUAAGGAGCCGAGAUACAAAAAAACGGUUUCUGGGGAAGAAGGGGAACUUUAUCCGUCUAUCUAUGGCCAGAAAUCCGAGGAAAAAAGGGUUCUUCAGAAAAGGGCUCUUUUUGAGUUGUAUGAUGAUGAGAAUUGUCCAGAUGGAGCGAUGUUCAAUACAAAGGAGGUUUCUAUUGAUUUCUUUGAUUUGAAUCCGAUGAAAAGGAAACAGCAAAAAGAAGGAAAUCCCAAGAGUGGCGGAGUUAGAGAAGUGGAAAACCCAUGGGGUGGGAAGGACAAGGGUAUGAUACUGGAAAGGAGCUUUAUAGAGAGUAUGCUAGAAAACGACAUCCGGGUCAAAGAUAUAAAGUAUGGAGAGGACCUUGUAUUUAUAUAUUUUUUCACAGUGGAAGAUUCUAUAUCGUUUUACAAGCAGUUCUUACCAUAUGCAGAAGUACACUUCUCCGAAGCAUAUGACUUUGAGCAAGCUUUAUCUCUUUCUUCAGAGGAAUGGGCCAGUAUUGCACUACUGAACAUGUGUUGCGAUUCUUCAAAGAUCAAGGAAAACUCUGUUCAGCCUCCAGAUGAAAAAAUACAUUUGGAAACAAGCAAUGCAUUAGAAAAUGGAUUCCAAGCAGAUGAACGGAGUGAAAGCAUAAAAGAUGAGGAGACAUCCUUAUUUAGAUGCACGGGAUUUGGUAGUAGCGGAUGGGACUGUGAGUUGUCCCAAGAAGAAAUCUUCACAAGAAAAAUUGAGCACUUCACACAUCUCAGGAAUUUCUUCUCGAAGAGCGAGGUAAAAGCCAUGUCCCAGAGCUUGGAGAUGGGAAAUGUUGAUUUUGUGUUUAAAAACACCAAAGAACUGGCCGUUGGAAACCAGUCAAACAAGGUGAUGCAGGAGGCAAUAGGCCUUCUCCCCGAGACUGGAAUUGCUCGAAUUAUUCAGAAUCUUGGACAUGACAUUGCUCCUAUAGCAGCAAACAAGCAUGGAGCAUAUACUAUCCAGAUGCUGAUUUCGAUGUCAAAGACAUCGCUAACCCAGAAUCUACUAUCGAAAUACUUUAGGAGGUUUGGAGAGUUCUUAAUAACCCAUGAGAUCGGGAACUAUACUAUCCAGAAGAUACUUAGGUUUGAUGCGAAUCUUGUAUUUGAGCUUUUUAUCUCAAGAAUCGGAGAUGUCGUAAAAAACGAGCUUGGUAUAAAGGUUUUGAAGAGAUGUAUAGAGUUCUUUCCCGAUAAAAAAGGCUUCUUGGCCCAAAAGGCUAAAGAGCAUGGAAAGAACUUGACCACUCUGCUAUUUUAG